CUCAACCCUCAGCCGCUCAACCCUCAGCCCUCAGCCCCUCAGGCAACAUGUUCGUCGUCAAGAGAGAUGGACGUCAGGAACGUGUGAUGUUUGACAAGAUCACGUCUCGCAUUCAGAAACUCUGCUAUGGCCUGAACCCAGACUUUGUGGACCCGGCGCAGAUUACAAUGAAGGUGAUUCAGGGCCUGUACAGUGGGGUCACCACUGUUGAGCUGGAUACAUUGGCAGCAGAAACCGCUGCUACCCUGACAACCAAGCACCCCGACUACGCCAUCCUGGCUGCACGCAUUGCUGUCUCCAACCUGCACAAGGAAACCAAAAAAGUGUUCAGUGAGGUGAUGGAUGAUCUGUACACCUACGUGAACCCUCUGAACAAUAAGCACUCGCCUAUGAUCUCUAAGCAAACUCUUGAGUUGGUGCUGAAGAAUAAGGAACGUCUGAACUCUGCCAUUAUCUAUGACCGAGACUUCUCUUACAACUACUUUGGUUUUAAGACCUUGGAACGCUCCUACCUACUGAAAAUUAAUGGCAAAGUGGCUGAACGUCCUCAACACAUGCUGAUGAGAGUGUCUGUUGGAAUUCAUGAGAGUGACAUUGAUGCUGUUAUUGAAACCUACAACCUCCUGUCUGAGAAGUGGUUUAUUCACGCCUCACCCACACUGUUCAACGCUGGCACUAACAGACCACAGCUCUCUAGCUGUUUUCUGCUUGCAAUGAAAGACGAUAGCAUUGAAGGGAUUUACGACACCUUGAAACAAUGUGCUCUGAUUUCCAAAUCUGCCGGUGGGAUAGGAGUAGCCGUCAGCUGCAUCCGGGCCACAGGAAGCUACAUCGCAGGAACUAAUGGGAACUCCAAUGGUCUUGUCCCAAUGUUGCGAGUUUACAACAAUACAGCCCGUUAUGUGGAUCAGGGAGGAAACAAGAGACCAGGUGCUUUCGCCAUCUACCUGGAACCGUGGCAUCUGGAUAUCUUUGAUUUUUUGGAGUUGAAAAAGAACACUGGGAAAGAGGAGCAGAGAGCACGGGAUCUCUUCUACGCCCUCUGGAUUCCUGAUCUUUUUAUGAAACGUGUUGAGAACAACCAGGACUGGUCUCUGAUGUGUCCACACGAGUCACCGGGCCUUGAUGAAACCUGGGGAGAGGAGUUUGAGAAACUAUACGAGAGGUAUGAACAAGAAGGCCGUGCACGGAAAGUGGUGAAAGCUCAACAGCUGUGGUAUGCUAUUAUUGAGUCACAGACAGAGACUGGCACCCCGUACAUGAUGUACAAAGACGCCUGCAACAGAAAGACCAACCACCAGAAUUUGGGAACCAUUAAGUCCAGUAACCUGUGUACAGAGAUAGUGGAGUAUACCAGCAAGGAUGAG